AUGCCCGGCGGCGCUGUCUUAGCUGCGGCCACCAACCCCGACCGGGUUGAGGCGCCAGUCACCUUGAAAGCUUACUUGCUUUGUGUCUUCGCAUCUUUCGGUGGUAUUUUCUUCGGUUACGACUCCGGUUACAUGAACGGUGUAUUGGGUAUGGACUUCUUCAUCAACAUGAUGACUGGCCUUCCCAUCCCUGGCCCCAACGCCACACAAGCUGAAAAGGAUGCCUUCACAUUACCCUCAUCCCGAAAAUCCCUCAUCGUUUCCAUCUUGUCCGCCGGUACUUUCUUCGGAGCCAUCAUUGCUGGUGAUCUCGCCGACUACUUUGGUCGACGAAUUACCAUCAUCUCAGGAUGUGCUAUAUUUAUCGUCGGCUGUAUCCUCCAAACCGCUUCCACCGGUCUUGGCUUGUUGGUUGCUGGUCGAGUUGUCUCCGGUUUUGGUGUCGGGUUCAUAACCGCCAUCAUCAUCUUGUACAUGUCUGAAAUCGCUCCUCGAAAGGUCAGAGGUGCCAUUGUAUCAGGAUACCAAUUCUGUAUCACCAUCGGUUUACUCCUUGCUUCUUGUGUAUGUUACGCUACUCAAGACUUGAUGACCACCGCAUCUUACCGAAUCCCAAUCGCCAUCCAAUUCGCCUGGGCUCUUAUUCUUGGUAUCGGUUUAUUCCUGCUUCCCGAGUCCCCUCGAUGGUAUGUCAAACAUGGUAAAAUCGAACAAGCUACGCGAGCUCUUGCUAGAGUCCGAGGUCAACCUCAAGAUUCCACUUACAUUCAAGAGGAAGUCGCCGAAAUCAUUGCCAACCACGAAUACGAGACCGAGCUCAUUCCCAACCAAUCUUACAUUGGAUCUUGGGCCGCUUGUUUCAGUGGUAGCUUCUCCAACCCUCAAUCUAACCUUCGACGAACUAUUCUUGGUAUCACCCUUCAAAUGAUGCAACAAUGGACCGGUGUCAAUUUCAUUUUCUACUUCGGUACCACUUUCUUCAGCGAUCUUGGUACCAUCUCCAACCCUUUCUUGAUCUCCCUCAUCACCACUUUAGUCAACGUAUGUUCCACUCCCAUCUCUUUCUGGACUAUCGAGCGAUUCGGUCGACGACCAUUACUCAUCUAUGGUGCCCUCGGUAUGUUCAUCUGUGAAUUUAUCGUUGGUAUCAUCGGUGUCGCCAAGCCAAACGAUCCAACAGUCGUCAAAGCUCAAAUCUCGUUCAUCUGUAUCUACAUCUGCUUCUUCGCUCAAACCUGGGGUCCAGGUGCUUGGGUUGUCAUCGGUGAAAUCUUCCCCAUCCCUAUUCGAGCUCGAGGUGUCGGUCUUUCCACCGCUUCCAACUGGUUCUGGAACUGUAUCAUCUCCGUCAUCACCCCUUACAUGGUCGGUACCGAUGCCGGUAACUUGGGUUCAAAAGUUUUCUUCGUCUGGGGCUCCACAUGUGUGAUUUGCUUUAUUUACGCGUAUUUCCUCGUUUGGGAGACGAAAGGAUUGACCCUUGAGCAGGUCGACAGGAUGAUGGAAGAAUGUGGAUCUCCUCGAAAAUCUGCUGGAUGGCAACCUCAUUCCACCUAUGCGGCCGAAAUGGGACUUACCCAAGACGGAAAAUUGCCCGUAUCCACUCACGAGAAACUCGGUGAACACGAGCACCGAAACACCAUGGCUACCGCCACUACAGCCUAA